AAUUUACCACACGUAUGCACAAGAUUUGCAUGAGAGUAACAUGUUUAGGUUGUUCCAUGCAAAAAUCUUGGGUCCUAAGUUACAUAGACUAAAACCUAUAACGUUCCAAACUUUGUUCCCUCCUUUUCCUGAAUGUUGUUCCCUUCUCUUAGAAACCUCUCUUCGGUCCCUUUCCAUUUCAUCAUAUUGUUGUGACCCUCUUCUUUCCUCUCUACUCCUUACUCUGAAAUCUUCAUGUUCUGUCUCCUGUUGCAGGGUCAUUCAUGCCCGAGUGGUCAAAUCUCUGGAUUACAGAGAUGGGUUCAUUGGUGAUCAGUUAGUUUCAUGUUAUCUUAACAAGGGGUCCGUCCCAGAUGCACAGAAGCUGUUUGAUGAAAUGCCCCACAAGGAUUCUGUCUCUUGGAACUCUUUGGUUUCUGGAUUUUCUAAAAGAGGAGACCUUUGUAAUUGUCUGAGUGUGUUUUCUACAAUGAGGUCUGAAAUGGCACUCGAAUUGAAUGAGCUUACAAUGAUAUCUAUUAUCUCGGCUUGUACUUCUUCUAAAGCCCGAGAUGAGGGCUGCUAUCUUCAUUGUUGUGUAAUGAAAUUGGGUAUGGAGUUGGAGGUGAAGGUUGUUAAUGCCCUUAUUAACAUGUAUGGGAAGUUUGGCAGUGUUGACUCUGCUUUCAAGCUGUUUUGGGCAAUGCCGGAGCAGAGUAUGGUGUCAUGGAACUCAAUGGUGGCUGUUUGGACACAGAAUGGAAUCCCUAAUGAAGCUGUUAAUUAUUUUAAUAUGAUGAGGGUAAAUGGACUGUUUCCCGAUGAAGCCACAAUGGUGAGCUUGCUUCAAGCCUGUGAAAAUUUACAUUGGGGAAGAUUGGUAGAGGCCAUGCAUGGUGUAGUAUUCACCUGUGGUCUUGAUGAAAAUAUAACAAUUGCGACUACUCUUUUGAACUUGUAUUCAAAGUUAGGGAAAUUGAGUGUUUCUCACAAGGUCUUUGCAGAGAUAAGCAAGCCUGAUAAAGUGGCAUUGACUGCUAUGCUUGCAGGGUAUGCCGUGCAUGGGCGGGGGAAAGAAGCAAUAGAAUUCUUUGAAAGGUCUAUAAGGGAAGGUUUGGAGCCUGAUCAUGUUACUUUUACUCAUCUGUUAAGUGCUUGUAGUCAUUCAGGGCUUGUCCGGGAAGGAAAGUACUAUUUCCAAAUCAUGUCUGAGGUUUACAAAGUUCAAACUCAAUUGGAUCACUAUUCAUGUAUGGUUGAUCUUCUAGGUCGCUCUGGUCUAGUCAAUGAUGCUCAUCAGCUGAUAAAGAACAUGCCAUUAGAGCCAAAUUGUGAAGUUUGGGGUGCUCUUCUUGGUGCUUGUAGGGUUCAUCGUAACACCAGUAUUGGGAAGGAAGCUGCAGAGAAUUUGAUUGCAUUAAAUCCUUCAGACCCUAGAAACUAUAUCAUGCUUUCCAACAUUUAUUCUGCUGCAGGUCUGUGGAGUGAUGCAUCAAAAGUGAGGGCUUUAAUGAAGACUAAAGUUCUUACCAGAAACCCUGGAUACAGCUUUAUUGAGCACGGGAAUAAAAUUCACCGUUUUUUGGUAGAUGAUUACUCUCACCCUGAUUCAGACAAAAUACACAAGAAGCUGGAAGAGACUAUGAGAAGAAUUCAAGAAGUUGGUUUUGUUUCUGAAACUGAAUCCAUUCUACAUGAUGUUGAUGUAGAGGUGAAAAAAGAUAUGAUUAACAAACAUAGUGAGAAGAUAGCACUAGCCUAUGGACUUUUGGUUUGUAAUGCUGAUAAGCCAUUAGUUAUUAUAAAAAAUCUCAGAAUAUGUCGGGAUUGCCAUAACACUGCAAAAUUUGUCUCACUGAUAGAGAGGCGUACCAUCAUUAUCCGAGAUUCAAAGCGGUUUCACCACUUUUCAGAAGGAUUAUGCUCUUGUGGUGAUUAUUGGUAGUGAUUGCUGAAGGAGUUUGGCAUUUCAGGAAUGUGUUGGCAUUGAUCGAAACUCAUAAGAGCCAAUAUGGUCCAAACAAAAUGGGAAGACCCCUUCUGCUGUUUUAGCUAGCCUACUGGACUGAACUUGUUACUGCUUGGAGAACAAUAACUUUUUCAAUACUCCUGAUAAUGGUUUCUGCUGGUCCAUGGUUGUGAAGCUUGUAAUUUAUGCAGAAUAGAUCUUCUCGUAUCAUGUGAGAUUUUCAUGACAUAGACACUCAAGAGAUAGGUACCAUGUCACGUGAUCUUAUUUAAGAUUUUUGUAUUUACCUUUCUCCUAAAUCUUCACAUGACCUUGUCAUGCGCAUGAGAGGAUUUAUUCCUUUUGUUAUGCAAGGUAAUUGUUCCAUCUACUGUUGACAAAUCAGCAAUACUAAACAAGCAGAAAAAAAUUGACGCAUGGUGGUAAUUGGAUAAUUUAGAGUGGAGAGGGCUCUCACUUAUCCAUGAAUUGUUAACAAUGUCGACUCAUUAAAGCAAAAAUUUCUAGCUAUUGAUUAUUAUUCUAUCCAAAAGGUAUGAGAGACUUAAAACUAUUCAAGGUGUGUUCUCUGUGAGGUUUAUUACAAACUUAGAAAUAGUUAACAUUCACUCCCUUUGGGUGUAAUAGGUUUAAGUGUCAAGACAUGUGUAUUUGUGGGCUCGGGACAAAUAUUUUUCUUAAUAAUUUUGCAGAAUGUCAGAGAAGCAGUAGAAGCACAAGCAGAAGGUUUGUGUUGUACUCACAAUCAUUUUCAGUUUAGAACACUGGAGUAUCAACAACAGAAUCCAUCUUUCAAUUAUUACAGUGUGAUGAAAUUUAGCGAGGGUUAGUUUUGAAGGUUUGCAUCUAAGAAGAAAUUUGGCAACGCAUGUGCAAAGCUCAUUGUAUCACGCAAUCAGGUUCGAAUGAAAGCUUUCUGAAAAUAUAGAAUAUUGAGAGUUUUCUCUUGGAUUCUUUAAGAAUUUUUCUAAGUUAUGGAGGCUUGAUCACUCUUGUGACAUCUUAAACACUUUGAAUUGUCUUUUGUACUCCAGUUUAAGUGGAUCACUAAACCUGAUUUAUGGCUUUGUAGGUUCUAAACCUACUCGAUUCAUAUCAAGCAGCUAUUUUUUGAGGCAUUA